GCCUAUGCCUGUGCCUGUGCCUGAUCCUGUCAUCGAGCCCAUUGCUCCCAUAGUUGUUUAUCCAAUUGUUGAGAGUGUGCCCGCUGAGGUUUAUCCUGGCACUGAAUCUUUUCCGGCUGAGGUAUAUCCGGGCAUUGAAAGCACACCCGCCGAGGUGCAUCCUGGCUAUGAGAGUGUUCCCGCUGAGAUACAUCCUGGUGAUUGCGUCUAUCAAGCUCAAACUUAUCCUGGCACCAGACCCAAUGGCCCCAUGGUUGGCGAAUUAGCAAUCGUGCUUAUUGAUGCGUUUGACAAUACAGAUCCAAGCUACAGGACUGAAAUUGGCCAGCUAUACGAGGGCGCCAGCUACUUGUUUACGGGCAGAAUCCUGCCAAAUGCUGAAAGCUUCUCCGUCAACUUUGUGCUGGACAAUAAUGAUGUGGCUCUGCACAUCAAUCCCCGCUUCAGGACUCAAACUGUUGUACGAAACAGCAAGGUGCGCGGCUCAUGGGCUCGCGAGGAGCUGCACUCGACACUGCCAUUCCUCUUCCAGAGAGGCGAGAGCUUCGCCAUUCAGGUGCUCAUCACACAGCACUCUUACCUGAUGUCCUUCAAUGGCCAUCACAUGGAGCCGUUUGAUCAUCGACUUUCUUAUGAUAAAGUUCGUUAUCUUCAAGUGAAAGGUAAUGCGGAUGACAUACGCAUACAUCGCUCUGAGAUCCGCAGCUAUCCGAAUCGUUAUCUAGAUUUGUUGCCUGCACCUACCGUACAGUUUGAGCCGCACUUUGUCGAGGCCGAGGUUGAGCCACUCAACGAGGGAGACAGUUUUCUGUUCAGUGGUAAAAUUGAUAGGAAAUGUGAAGAAUUCGAGAUAUCCUUUCUGUUUGCGAAUGAUACAAGGGAUAUUCCCUUGCACAUGAAGUCUCGAUUCAAGAAGAAUCAUUUCCUACGCAAUAGCAGACUGUGCAAUGAGUGGAACCGUGAAGAGAUUUCCACGCCAAACCCAUUCCGAAAAGGCGAACGUUUUACCAUUCAGGUGCUCGUCACAAUUGACUUUUAUGUAAUAGCUAUAAAUGGACGGCACUAUACAAAGUUCUGCCAUCGCUUACCCUUCCAAGGCGUUGGCCUAAUCACUGUUAAAGGCGGCGUUUUCGAUGUCCAAAUGCAUCGCUGCGCGGUGCUGGACUACCCUCAAUCUACAUUGCAAAAGCAAAUUUUGUAAAGACUUUAGUAUUUGCCAUAUAUAUGAGACUAUUUCUGUAAACAGUUGACUUUUUUACAUUUUUAUUAAAAUAUU